AUGUAUGUACGCGGCGUUAGGGCAUCUGUGUUCGACCUGCUAGUAUUCGCGGUACUGGAAACACUUGGCAUUGUGGCAGUAUGUGGCAAUCUAUCGCUCAUUAUUAUAUUAAUCAAAUUUAAUUAUUUGACAAAAGCGAGCUUCAUUCUAUUGCUCAGUUUGGCGCUAGCAAAUGUGGUGCAUGGCAUUGUCACAUCAUUUUAUUUUUAUCCUCCAAUAGCGCUUAAACGGCAACAUUUCUCUCUGCUAUGGAUGAGGAUAUUCAACGUGCUAGACUGGACAGCCUGGGCCAUUACUCUAACACACAUAAGUGCAAUCAGUUUGGACCGAUUGAUAGCUAUAAUAUAUUAUGUCCGAUAUUCGAGUAUCGUUUCUGUGAACCGUGUGCGAAAAUAUAGUAUAAUCAAGCGUAACGAUAUUUCUAGCGUAUUUUGUUGGAUAUUUUUCACAAUUCUCAAUUUGGUUUUAUUCACAUUGGAUGCCUGCUGUGUGAUAAUUCCUCUCGAAGACCAUGAAUUUUAUAGUUUCGGUUACCAACGUGGAGACGGAUCUGGAGUGCUGGGCCAAGCAAAUCUGUAUGUUUAUGCAUAUACACCUCUGGAAACGAGUACUAUUCUGAUAUUAUUUGUCUCGAAUCCUAUCAUUCUAGUGCAACUCUAUAGGCGAUGGAAGCGUAAAUUUGCACUUCAACGGUAA